CGUCCCUGGAGCCAGCACAGCACCGAUCGCUCCGACUGGGCAAACCCCACGUAGAUGAAAGCAAAGAGGAGCUGCCAGCCUCCAGCCAUGUCCACCUCCCUGCGAGUGAGCCCCUCGGUCCACGGGUACCGCUUCGACACAGCCCUGCGCAAGAAAGCUGUGGCCAACAUCUUCGAAAGCGUCAAUGAGGAGUCCCUACAGAAACUCUUCAAAAACUCCGGGGACAAGAAGGCAGAGGAAAGAGCCAAGAUCAUCCUCGCCACCGACCAGGACCUGGAGGAGAAAACCAGAGCGCUAAUGGCGCUAAAGCAGAGGAGGAAAGACAAGCUGUUGCAGUUCCUGACGCUUCGGAAAUACUCCAUUAAAGUCCACUGAGCUGGUGACGGGAGCAGAAACGGAGAACGUUUCAGAAUGGGACUGUCGGUGAGCUCCUAGCACAGCCGGCACUGCCCUGCCAGCUGCCGACAGCUCACCCGUGGGGCGUCAGCCCACCCCGCACCCAGCAAACCGCGCGGUGGACGGCGGCAUCGGUGUGGACCACAGCAUCGGUGUGGACCACAGCACCACGCCCAGUGGCUCCCAGCAGGACGGCAGCUCCGGGACUGAGUCGUGAGGGAGCCCUGCACACCUGGGUGCGACUUGAGACCUUCUGAUGGACUCGGUGUUCAAUGACUUCACCCGUGUGCUUUGCUUUUCCAAUGUGUUUCUUUGCAGUCCCGGCCCUCGCAAAGCUCCUGUGGGCUGGGAGGGAGGUUCCAGGGACCCAUCAGCUGCUGAUCACUGCAUUUGUUCAAAUGCAUCCAGUGCACCGUGUGGGUGCAGCGAGUUCAGCCUUGAGGGAACGCAUUUACUCUAGAGACACACUGCACAACUGUGCUUUUCCUCUCUUGGCUGUAGGUGUACAGUACAACUUGUUUGCACAGAAGCAAUAAUAAUGUCAGACUUCCCCAAAUUUACUGUGAAUUUCCUUAAUAUUUCGUUCAUUUCCCAUUAACACUAAAAACCUAAAUGUCAUAACAACAGCUCUUAUUUGUACAGAUUGCAAUAGCUUCGAAGACAAGUACUUUGUGGUGAUAUCUUAUGACAAUGUUGUUAUAUCAGCUAUAAUUUAUUGCAUACGGCGAUCUGAAAUCUAAUAAAUUAUGAAGUAAAUAUAA